AUGCCCUCAGCAAUACGUAAUACAACAUCACAAUUAGGUGCACGUUCAAGCGGUUCUGACAUUUCUUCAGCUAUGUCUGCUGCUAAAAGAAAACCUCAACGGGGUCCUUUAAUGAUGAAAACUCUAAAAAUGCUCAAAAAACAACGUCGUUAA